AUGGCCCACGCUGGAGCCCAGCAGAUCCGCUUCCGGUGCGCAAUUGCAGCCUUGAGCAAUAAAGAAAACAUUCACGUGUACUCCCAGGAUACCUCCGGUGGUAUCAGAGAAGCCCGCUUCGAGAACGGUCAGUGGGCGGGCGGUGACGAAGGUUCCAUUCUCAAGCAUGGAGUCCCCGGAACUCCCAUUGCAGCUGUUCGCCGGAAUCAGGAUGAGAGGGUACAUGUUUUCUACAUCGCCGAGGGCAACGUCGCUAGACAGAUUCAGCGCGACCCCAGGGGCAGAUGGCAAGAUGGGGACCUUAACCAGGCCAAUGUCCUCGUUGCGCCAUACUCAAUGAUAGUGGCGUGCUAUGUUGAGGACGCGAACCAGCCCUUGCGUCUUUAUGUGCAGCUCCUGGACAAUAGUAUCCAGGAGUAUGGGAGCGACGACUCCGGCCGUGGCUGGUCCCAGAUGGCCAAUCUCGGUCCCGCUCUCCCGGGAACAGGCCUGGCACUCUUCUGCCAAGACGAGAACAUGGCCAUAACUGAGCGUUGCUGCCGCGAUGGUCGAACCUGGAAAAACGGCAAUCUCUCCAUCGCAAAGGCUAAUCCGCGCACCGACCUUACUGCCUUGCGCUGCGGCAACAACGAAGUCCGCGUCUACUAUGUCGACCGCGAUAACCGCAUCAAAGAGAGGCUGACAACUAAUGAUAACUGGAGGGAAGGUCAAUUUGAUCAGCCCUGCGUGCCCGGAAGCCAAGUAGCCGCUGUAAGCUGGGAGGGAUCCCGAAAGGACUCCUCCGCCUUCUCCCACAAUCAGUGUAAUAUCCGCGUGUACUUCCAGGAUGGACACCAGGUUACUGCAAUCACCGAGUGGAAGUAUGAUGGCAAGUGGGAGCAGGGACACCGGGGGCUUCCUCCGGCACAGUAG